CAGGAACCUCUAUUACGGCAGGCAAAAGAGCAGAGGAGAGGUGCUGAGAUCCUUGGCUCUAGAUGAUGGACCCUCUAAGCACUCCCUUUCCUGCUGGCGAGAUUAUGGGAUACGGACAAGGCAAUUCCUCCUGUCAGAUCCAAGAUGAGUUCCUGUCUGUGACGCUCCCUGUGAUGUACUCCCUUAUCUUCAUCAUCGGGCUGCUCAGCAACACUCUCGCGCUCUGGGUGUUCUUGUGCAGCGUGCAGCGGAAGACCUCCAUCACUGUGUACAUGAGGAACCUGGCUCUGUCUGACCUGUUGCUCUCCCUCUGCCUGCCCUUCCGCAUAGCUUAUCAAAACAAGAGUGGGCCCCGGAUCUUCUGUAACAUUGUUGGGGCCUUCUUCUAUCUCAAUAUGUACGUCAGCAUGACGUUCCUCAGUCUGAUCAGUCUGGACCGCUACCUAAAGAUCAUCCGUCCCCUCCAGAAGUUUAAGAUUCACACCACGUCCUGUAGCACCAUGGCCUCUGGGGUGGUUUGGCUGGUGCACUCAGCUUUCAUGCUACCUUUCUUUUUUGAGACAAAAGGAAAAGGGCCCUGUGAUCAUAAAUGCUUCCAUUUCAGGAGCAAAAGCACUCUAGCAGCAGCCUUUAACAUGGUUGCAGUAACCACUUUCUUUAUCCUACUGCUGCUCUUCCUCUACUUCUACAGCAAGAUAUUUGCCAAGCUCAAUAAAGUCUCUUCAGUGAAUUCUCAGCAGCUGAACAAGAGGACUAGCAUGAAAGCCAUCACCAAGACCUUCAUAGUCCUGAUCAUCUUCAUCAUAUGCUUCACCCCCUAUCACGUUGUCCGUAUUCCUUAUGUCCUUGCGCAAGUGGGGGUCAUUUCUAGUCUGCCCUGGAAGCAGGGUCUCCAUCUCGCUAAUGAACUUGUGCUCUGCAUCUCAGCCCUCAACAGCUGCCUUGACCCAGUGAUCUUCUUCUUCCUGUCCAGCAGCUUCCGGAGGGCUGUGCUUUGCACCAUCCGGGGCAGGCUGAAGAGAGCUCUCCUAAGGAACCAGGGAGGGCUGAGCUACAGCAGAUCUGUGACUGAAGUCUAGGCAUUCCGGUGGAUACCAAGGUCUUGGGCGUAGGACAUUCUCACCAAGGAUUUGCUCUGACUGCUGGUAUUUACCAGACAAGACUUGCCAGGAUGAUGGAGGAAGAAACUCGAACCUUUUCAUGUUUCUUCCACUGGCACCAUCAGGACUAGAACUACCCAUGGGGGUAAAUGAAGAGGAAAAGAAUAGCUGAAGCCUCACUUUUCUGUACCAGCUGUGUGCACACAACUGAAGGGAUUAUUUCCUAGGAAGAAUGAAGGCUGGGGGUGCCACAGGAGAAACAACUUUGGCCUAGGAUCUCCACUUAGCCUACGGAAGGGCAAAGGGACAGAGCCCAGGACAGAGGAAGGCUGCUUUGAUAGGACGAAGAGGAGUCAGGGAAGAGCAGGAAUGGGAAUCUGCUGUGAAUCUUGUCUAAGUACCACAUCACCUCCAUACCAGCGAAAGCACAAAAUGGACAAAGGAGAAGAUGAAGUGCAGAAGAAUUGAGAAAAGGGGAGGGAGAAGCUGAUUAGAGCAUCACUGGGGAGCAGAUGAAUAUUUUGCUCCAGGUUGGAGCUCGGAGAUGUGCACUGCUGGGCUUCUAAGACAGUCAUGUGAGGGAACCUUACAAUUCCUGCAACCCCAAACUAAGGUAAUGCACUUUCUUUUCUCUUGUUUUUACUGCUGUCCUUGUAACAGCAGCCUCUUUUUUGUGUAUUCACACAGGUGACUGAGCUUCCUUUAGCUGUUUUCCUUUGCCCAUUUCACUGGCAUGUUCACGCAGGACUGGCAGAUUCCUCGCCUGGCCACGGCACAGCACUCGUUUCAGGCUUGGACCAUACUAGGAACAUUACUCCAGCAGGGAUGCAUCAGCCAAAGGGGAUGCAACACAGAAGUGCCUAAGGCUUGUGUGAGUCCUGUGGACCUCAAGAAUGAGAUGCUGGCUUUGGUGUUCCCAGCUUAAGCAUUAUUUUUAUGCACUGACUUGAAAUGGAGCCCGCAAGGGAUAAGGAAGUUUUUGGCCUUUAUUAUUCUUCAUUGCCUAUUCUCUUCCCAAAGAAGAGGAUAUUUCCCUGCUUGGAUAUUUUUUCCCUUUCAUAUGCUCACAUAUCAUCUGUUCACUUAUUUUUAGAAGACUGCAGGCUUGGAGAAACAAACUGAUUCACAUACUAGGCAAGCAAAGGCAAUUAAGACUGGGCAAUUAGGACUGGGGAGGAUUUCAUUCAGACUGUGAACUGUUUUAGUAACUACUUAGUUCAAAUAUCUGAGGAAAAC